CUCUCUCCCGCGGCGGCGGCGAGCGCGGACCCACCCUCCGGCGGGACCUCUGCCCUGCCCAGCGACGCCGAGCCGGCGGCUCCCUCCGUGGCCCUGGACCAGCCCUGCGCCCGCUGUCCACGGGACCCUCGCGGCUUCCCCUUUCCUCCCGGCUGCCCAGGCGCCGCGGGGAAGUGACCCACCCUCCCGCGAGGAGGGGGAAGGAGAGGAUCGCGCAGGGCGCACCGAAACCGAGAGCGGGCGAGCCGGAGUGGGCACCGCGCAGGGCAUUGUGUGUGUGUGUGUGUGUGUGUGAGUGUGGGUGUGCGCGCGUGCAGCGUCGUGUCUGUCUAGAGAGCGCUCUGGGAGGUCCCGUCCCGAGGGGGCGGAGCGCAGGGGGCCGAGGCUUGGGCUCCGCGCCGGGGCAGAGUCCCGUUGAGCCCGAGCGCGAAGGAGGCAGCGGGCGGGACGGCGCGCCUGGCGGCUGGGCGGGCGCACUGAAGGGAGGCCGGGGCGCCCUCGGCCCGGCCGCGGACCCUGCCCCGAGGUAUCGGCCUCGGCGGCGCGGCCCGCUUCUACUCAAGUCCGCGGACCUGCUUGCUGGGGAAGAAGCUCGGAGGCCGAGAGCCGGCGCGCCGCGGAGCCCGUCCGCCCGGGGUGCGCCGCGGGAGAGCUAGGUCCCCGCCGCUGCGCGGCUGUCCGGCGUCGGCGGUGUCGGGAGCGCGCCCGGCCCGGAGCCGGAGAGGCGCGCACCAUGAGCGGCGGCGAAGUGGUCUGCUCCGGAUGGCUCCGCAAGUCACCCCCGGAGAAAAAGUUGAAGCGUUAUGCAUGGAAGAGGAGAUGGUUUGUGUUACGCAGUGGUCGUUUAACUGGAGAUCCAGAUGUCUUGGAAUAUUACAAAAAUGAUCAUGCCAAGAAGCCUAUCCGUAUUAUUGAUUUAAAUUUAUGUCAGCAAGUUGAUGCUGGAUUGACAUUUAACAAAAAAGAGUUUGAAAACAGCUACAUUUUUGAUAUCAACACCAUUGACCGGAUUUUCUACUUGGUAGCAGACAGUGAAGAGGAGAUGAAUAAGUGGGUUCGUUGUAUUUGUGACAUCUGUGGGUUUAAUCCUACAGAAGAAGAUCCUGUGAAGCCACCUGGCAGCUCCUUACAAGCACCGGCUGAUUUACCACUGGCGAUAAAUACAGCACCACCAUCCACCCAGGUGGAUGCCUCCUCUGCCGCUCCACCUCCUCCAUAUCAGCUAAUUAGCCUUCCACCACACCUGGAAACCCUUGGCAUCCAGGAGGAUCCUCAAGACUACCUCUUGCUAAUCAACUGUCAGAGCAAGAAGCCCGAACCCACCAGAACGCAUGCUGAUUCUGCAAAAUCUACCCCUUCGGAGACAGACUGCAAUGAUAACGUCCCUUCUCAUAAAAAUCCUGCUUCCUCCCAGAGCAAACAUGGAGUGAAUGGCUUUUUCCAGCAGCAGAUGAUGUAUGACUCUCCACCGUCUCGGGCUGCAUCCAUUUCCGUAGACUCCAGCCUUUAUAACCUGCCCAGAAGUCACUCCCAUGACGUCUUACCAAAGGUGUCUCCUUCAAGUACCGAAGCCGACGGAGAGCUCUAUGUUUUUAAUACCCCAUCCGGGACCUCGAGUGUAGAGCCUCAAAUGAGGCAUGUAUCUAUUAGUUAUGACAUUCCUCCAACACCUGGUAAUACUUAUCAGAUUCCACGAACAUUUCCAGAAGGAACCUUGGGGCAGACGUCAAAGCUAGACACUAUUCCAGAUAUUCCUCCACCUCGGCCACCGAAACCGCAUCCGGCUCAUGACCGAUCUCCUGUGGACACGUGUAGCAUCACACGCACAGCCUCUGACACUGACAGUAGUUACUGUAUCCCGACAGCAGGGGUGCCACCGUCCCGUAGUAAUACCAUUUCCACUGUGGAUUUGAACAAAUUGCGAAAAGAUGCUAGUUCUCAAGACUGCUAUGAUAUUCCACGAACAUUUCCAACCGAUAGAUCUAGUUCACUCGAAGGCUUCCACAACCACUUUAAAAUCAAAAAUGUAUUGACAGUGGGGAGUGUAUCAAGCGAAGAACUGGAUGAAAAUUAUGUCCCCAUGAAUCCCAACUCUCCUCCACGACAACAUUCCAGCAGUUUCACGGAACCAAUUCAGGAAGCAAAUUAUGUGCCAAUGACUCCGGGGACAUUUGAUUUUUCUUCAUUUGGAAUGCAAGUGCCUCCUCCCGCUCAUAUGGGCUUCAGGUCCAGCCCGAAGACCCCUCCUAGAAGGCCAGUUCCUGUUGCAGACUGUGAACCACCCCCCGUGGAUCGGAACCUCAAGCCAGACAGAAAAGGUCAAAGUCCUAAAAUUUUAAGACCCAAACCCCAUGGUUUAGAGCGAACUGAUUCACAAACCAUAGGUGACUUUGCUACAAGAAGAAAGGUCAAGCCAGCACCUUUAGAAAUAAAACCUUUGCCAGAAUGGGAAGAAUUACAAGCCCCAGUAAGAUCUCCCAUCACUAGGAGUUUUGCUCGAGACUCCUCCAGGUUUCCCAUGUCUCCCCGGCCGGAUUCAGUGCACAGCACGACUUCAAGCAGCGACUCACAUGACAGUGAAGAGAAUUAUGUUCCCAUGAACCCAAACCUGUCCAGUGAAGACUCAAAUCUUUUUGGCAGUAAUAGUCUUGAUGGAGGAAACAGCCCAAUGAUCAAGCCCAAAGGAGACAAACAAGUGGAAUACCUAGAUUUAGAUUUAGAUUCUGGGAAAUCCACGCCACCACGUAAGCAAAAGAGCAGUGGCUCAGGCAGCAGUGUAGCUGACGAGAGAGUGGACUAUGUCGUGGUUGACCAACAGAAGACCCUGGCUCUGAAGAGCACCCGUGAAGCCUGGACCGAUGGGAGACAGUCCACAGAGUCUGAAACACCAGCCAAGAAUGUGAAGUGAAAAUGCCGCUUUAAUGUCUCUGAACAAAAGAGGACUGAGCUGUAAGGAGAAAUCCUGUUUGACUGAAGAUAACUUGACCCUUGUACUCUAGGUAGAUCCUCAACUGAACAGAGUCGAAGUCAGAGGACCUUUCAGACUUAAUCAAGCCAUUGAGUUUGUAAAUGGUGCUUUGUGGUAUCUGAACAAUUCAUCACAUGUAAAUAAUGUGGGAAAAUACUGUUGUUUGGUUCCCAGAGAAACAUUUGUUUCGUAGUUAACACACUUGUAGUAUUACUGUAUUUAUGCACUUUUUCAUUUAAAACAUUGGUUUGGAUAUUCCCGAAUGGACCUUAACAUGAUUCUGUUGGGAGUUCUUGUUUUCCUCACACUACUCUUAAGAACAAUGCUACGUGAACUAAGCUACUUUCCACUGGGAAAUUGCUCUUUCAGCUGCAGGGUAACAACAUGACGUGAGAAGUAGAUUCACAAUAUACCUUUCUACCUGAAACUUAACGGGGUAACCGUUAGCUUAAACUACAAAGUAGAGUUGGACUUAUCAUUCAUUGCCUUCCAAAGUGCUAAGCAUCAUGUACCUACUGGUGUCAGGACUUUGCUCUCUGGUUCAUGGACAUUUGGUUUUCAGUGGUCGGACUUCCUUAUAUUUUGUUAAUUACAGUGUUUUGGGCUCAUUAAGUGAAGAUUCUGCCAGAUGGGAUCUUACACCUUGGAAAGAGUGAAUAAUCACACUAUCAAGUAAGCGUACAACUCACUGAUGGCAUGUGGUGACGAUGUGCUCUCACAUUUUCAACAUGUAUUAAACUUUACGUUAUUUGCAAAGUGUAGAUUAUAUAACUAAUCAGGUACGUACCAGGCACUGAUGUGCUAAUACAAUGAUCAGGUUUAGACAGUGAGCUUUAGUUGUAUUCGUGUUAGUCCUCUAAUGCUGGUUUCCAGUUUGGAAUUAAUGGCACAAUUGACAUUCACUGUUAGUUAUAGCAACAUACUGUGAUUUUUAAUUAGACAGUCAUUCAGAUUUAUUACUCGAAGAAUGAAAUUCUGUCUUUUGACACCAUAGUGCCCUUUCUAUGAUUUUUUUUUAAACUUUACUUAAUAUUCUUCUUGGCCUUAUCCUAUUUAAAUCCCUAUGCAAUUAAUAUUUUAUAUCUGCAUUUUUUAAAAAAAACAGAUGUUAUAUAAGUGAUUCUCAUAUGUAGCACCUAUUGCUUUUCCAGUAAAAGAAUUAAGGCUUGUGUACUGUGAUUUAUAUUCACUGCCCCAAUUCAAGAAAUAUUGGAGCCUUGCUAUAAUGUGAAAUCUUAAAGUCAUGGACCUCUUCCAACCAGAUUUCUGAAACCACCAGAGGUGUCGUAUAAUUCUUUCUCACCUAUAACAUGGUCCUAUAGCAAGACCACACAUUAUCUAUAGUAAGGCUACAAUUUAUCUGUCUUGGCUUUGCAAUGUAAUUUAGAAAGCAGGUAUAGUUAUUGGUUUGAUUGGUUUUUAACUAAGUUACAUACAAUCUCUUAUGUACUGAUUUGAGACUAACAGUGUUUGGAGGGGGCAUAGAGAUUGAAGAGCCCACAGCUGAGGCAUGUUUCCCUCCAUGCAGACCUUUAAUGUUACCUGAGUACACAGAUGUGCCCUGAUUUCUGGCCCCUUGGUCACCGUACUGUGCCUAAUCAAUGUAAUGGGUUUAUGUCCCCUCCAUGAGCUAAAAACGUUCAUAACAAGAUGAAUUGUAGACAAGUAACAUUUGAUGCUUUUAAAUGUUUGCUUCUUUUUAAACAAAAACUAAAACCCAGAACUGAAUUUUGAGGUGGAUUUUUAAAUAAAAAAACAUUGUUUGA